UAAACAGAUAACUGUUCCGCAUAAUUCACGCUUGCUUUUACUCGUUUGUUUUGAGGCUCUGGUAGGUUAUGAUUGUAUGGAUCUUUGGUGCUUGAUUGUUAUAUCUAAAAUUGAGCUUGUUUAACAAUAAUUGCGUCGAAACUGCUCGUUAGAUAUGAUGGACGACAAGCCCUUUUCUACAACACUUGCUCACACGAAAAGCCCUAAAACAUCCAGAAGAACAACUUUCCAGGAUGAGCUGGAGGCAGCUGUGUCUACUAGAGCCAGUCGACAUAAACAAAGUUACUCUGAUGACUUCGAUGAUGAUGAUGAUGAUGACGACGACGAUGAUGUGCUCAACAAACUCCUUAAAAUACAAAAACAGAAAAAGGCAAGAUUUAAAUCUGGGAGGACAAAAGGCAAGAUAAAUGAUUUCAAGCUUACAGAUGAUGAAGAGGAAAAUGUAAACCCCAAAAAAGUAGUAUCCUUCCUGAAAACUAAAAGACAAAGUUCCUCCGUGCAAGAUGAACCGCUAAGCUCCAUGGCGAGUAUAGAUAGCCACGGUUCUUUUCGUUCCACUCCAAGCAACUCUCAGACCCCAGUGAAACAUCAGGAGCCGGAUUCCCCUUUGUCCCUUCAAUCUGACAAGUGUCAACCUGAGUCCACUUUACUCCAGAACGCUGAUCAGUCAGAAUCAGUGAUGAGGAUGAGACCCCAGGCAGAAUCUUCUGAGGUGAAGAAGAGCCCGUCAGAAUCUCGUCUGACACUCAGCUCUGAGAAUAGCCAAUGGGAAUCUCCCGACCCCCUUCUAUCAGAGGACCCGAUGUGGGACAGUCCAUUGCCACUGCCCUCCGAAAAAGAUGGUGACCUGCCUAUUCCUCAUCCCAGGGAGAGGCGUGUUAAACCAACACUCUGUACAGGUUUUCUUGCUGAAGACAAGUCCCCCAGACCCAAGCCCCGGCAGAAGGCAUUACAUAUGGGGGACAGUUGUCAGCUAGAGGAGGAAACACAGGCGGAGACCCCUGCCGGCAGCGGAGCAGCUACCUCUUCUAUGUCCAUAGCCCUCUCUAACAUGUCCUCUUCCGAGAAGAGUCAAACCCCUACCAAGAGUGUUCAGGGUCCAGAUAAAGGCUGUGUCAUGUCAGAACGGGUCAAGACGCAGUCGUCUUUAACAGAGGAGCAAGCGUCUGAGGCUCCAGCCACUGCAGGAAGUGCUGCCUCAGAGGAAAGCAAAGAGGGACAACACUCAACGUCCUUUCAGGAAAAUCAGGAGGAUCCCCACGCAAACCCUUACCACACAUCCGCCACACAGAGCCAAAUUACUAGCAGAUCCACAGACAGACCUCCAGGCUCUUGGUCAUCCAGUUCAAGAAAGUCCAAGAGCUCCAACAGAGCAGAGUCUAAAUACCUCGGUUCACUGAAGAUUCUGGAUCAGAGGAUGCAGGAGACCCAACAGACUCCAGCGGCAGCAGAUUCACUAAGAGCUGCGGUGUACCAGGAAUGGCUAAGAAAGAAAGAAGAAAACAUAGAACUUAUGAUGAGGGCAAAGAAGCAGGAAGAGAAAUUGAAAGAGGAGAAAAGGCAAGAGGAAAAGCUUGCAAAAAUCGCAGAUGCUAAGGCCUCUUAUAAUGCCUGGAAGGAGAAAAAAGGGGAAGUCAUCAGAAAGAAAGUAAAAGAAAAGCAGGAGGCAAUUAACAUACAGCAAAUGGAAAUGGAUAAAAAUCAAGAGAAGAAAGAUACAGCGAAACAGGUUUUUGAGAAAUGGAAACAGGAGCACGACAGUGUCCUAAAAGAAAGGAUAAGGAAAAUGAAACAGACUGAGAAAAGACAGACACUACAGCAGGUCAGGGAGAAAGAGGAGAGGAAGAGGGACUGCACUUCUGCUUUCAAUGUAUGGAGUGGACGAAAGAAGAAAGUGAUUCAAGAGAAGGUAAAGGCAGAACACAAGGAGAAGAUAAAGGAAGUGGAAGAGGAAUAUGAAAAGGAGGAAAGAGAAAGAAUUGCCUUGGAGAUGUAUGACAAAUGGAUGAAAAGAAAAGAGUUUCAACAAAAGAGAGAGCGAAAAGAAAAAAAGAUACAAGAAAUCCUUCAAGAUGUGCCCCCUCCACCAUGGAGCCCACCUAAUAAAACCAUCCCGUUUGGAAAAUGAGCUCCAUUAAUACGGUAAAUGGUAAUAUCCCCAAAACAUGUUCAUUUAGCAGAUUUGAAAUGAUGUCGUAAAAAUGUAAAAAAUUCACUUACGAUAAUGUUAUCCAGUUACGCUGCAUGAUAUAAUCAUCAAGUUGUCCUUAAAGGUGAUUUAUGUCAUUUUUAUGCUAUUUAAAUAGGUUAACAUGAUAAUUAAAGACAAAUCAAUGCUGUCAUUUAAGGGAAUA